CAAAAUCUUUAAGCUCCCCUGUCGCAGCAAAGACCUAACAGUAUCGAUUGUCAAUCUCCAGCAGUUACCAUGGGCAAGUCUAAGAAAGAAUCCGCCACCAUAGUCGAAGCAGCACCAACCUCAACAACGAAACCAUUGAAGAAAGGUAAGAGAGAUACAGAAGUUGAUCAGGACACCAAAGUGAACCCUAAGAAGCAGAAGAAGGAGUUGCUUCAACCUGUUGAAGCUGAGAAAAAGGCGCCAUCGAAGAAGAAGGUAGAGACGAGCAGUUCCGACUCAUCAGAUUCUGAGGAAGAGAAGAAGAAGAAGACUAAGAAAGUCGCUGCCAAGAAGCAAACUGCAGCAGAGAGCAGCUCAUCUGAAGAUGAAUCUUCUUCAGACGAGGAAACCGCCCCAGCGAAGCCAGCAGUGCUUAGGAAAGCAGCCAAGGCAGAAAGCUCCUCAUCUGAGGAUGAAUCUUCUUCAGACGAGGAGGAACCUGCAAAGAAGCAACCUGAGAAUGCCAAGCCUGCUGCAAAAGACUCAUCAUCCUCAGAGGAUGAAUCUGAUGAUGAAAAGAAGCAACCUGUAGCUGUUAAGAGUGCUAAGCCUGCUGCAAAAGACUCAUCAUCCUCAGAGGAUGAAUCUGAUGAAGAAUCAGAAGAUGAAAAGAAGCAACCUGUAGCUGUUAAGAGUGCUAAGCCUGCUGCAAAAGACUCAUCAUCCUCAGAGGAUGAAUCUGAUGAAGAAUCAGAAGAUGAAAAGAAGAAACCUGUAGCUGUUAAGAAUGUCAAGCCUGCUGCAAAGGACUCGUCAUCCUCAGAGGAUGAAUCUGAUGAAGAAUCAGAAGAUGCAAAGAAGAAACCUGUAGCUGUUAAGAAUGUCAAGCCUGCUGCAAAGGACUCGUCAUCCUCAGAGGAUGAAUCUGAUGAAGAAUCAGAAGAUGCAAAGAAGAAACCUGUAGCUGCUAAGAAUGUCAAGCCUGCUGCAAAGGACUCAUCAUCCUCGGAGGAUGAAUCUGAUGAAGAAUCAGAAGAUGCAAAGAAGAAACCUGUAGCUGCUAAGGGUGCCAAGCCUGCUGAAAAAGAUUCAUCAUCCUCAGAGGAAGAAUCAGAAUCAGAAGAUGAAAAGGAACCUGCUACAAAAAAGCUUCCAGCUUCUUCUAAAAGAAAGUCUGAGGAAGUUUCAUCAGAUGAGGAAAGUGAUGAUGAUGAAAAACCUCCUCAGAAGAAGGCUAAAGUUUCAUCAACAAAAACUACUAAACAAGAAAGUGAUGAAUCUAGUGAGGAGGAGAGUGAAGAUGAGAAAGUAACUCCAAAGAAAAAGGAUUCUGAUAUUGAAAUGGUGGAGGCAGAGGAUAAAUCAAAUGCAAAACAAUCUCAGACACCAGCCACUCGGACUACUCAAGGAGGUUACAAGACACUAUUUGCUGGAAACCUUUCCUAUCAAGUUGAGAGAGCUGACGUAGAAAACUUCUUCAAAGAAGUUGGUGAAAUUGUGGGUGUUCGAAUUGCUGCACAUGAGGAUGGCAGUAAGAAAGGAUGGGGGCAUGUUGAAUUUGCUUCUGAAGAAGCAGCUAAGAAGGCAAUGGAACUGAACGGUAGAGAAUUACUAGGCCGCCCUGUUCGUCUUGAUCCUUCAACUGAUAGAAGGAGUAACUUCCAGAGCAGUGAUCGCAAAGGAGGCAGUGACCGCAAAGGACAAGGAAGCCAAAGUAAAACCAUUUUUGUUAAAGGAUUCGACAGCUCUCUUGAUACACGUGAGGCCAGGAAUGCAUUGAGAGCUCAUUUUAGUCCUUGUGGAGAAAUCACAAGGAUUGCUGUUCAAACAGAUAAGGAGACUGGUGCUAGCAGAGGGACUGCUUACUUAGAUUUGACGGAUGAUGGAUUCAACAAGGCAUUGGAACUAAACAAAAGUGAAAUCGGAGGGUGGAUGAUUAUGGUGAGCGAGGCUAGACCAAGAGGAGAGAGUGGUGAUUUUGACCGGUCGAACAGCAGAGGACGGGACAGUCGUGGUCGUUUCAAUAGAGGACGUGGACGUGAAAGGGGCAAUUUUAACCGUGGGACACCAAGCAAACCAAGUUUGCUUAACUCAGCCAAAGGGAAGAAGAUCCUCUUUGAUGGUGAGUGAAGAAGAAGCUUGGCUUUUCUUUUUCUCCCAUUUUUAGCUCUUUUUUUCGGCCUAUCUUAUUUAUUUUGGUUUUUUUUUUUGAGGAAAGCGUUAUAAAGCUUUUAUAUGAUGAGUUUCUUUUCUGAGUCUUAAAAUUGAGUUUGAGUAUUUUCAUUACUAAUAACGGAUGGUGAUAUUUUUCCUAAUAAAAUUAAGAUGGUUUGCUUUAGCUAUUUUAUUUUAGCAUUUAUAAAACAUUGGUUGUUAUUAAAAAUUUCUCGUUGAUUGGCUAAAGAGAGAAAAUAAAGAGACUGAAAGUCCAAAC